CCAUCUUAAUCCAGUCUCUCUGGUAGCUUUACACAGAUUCUUCAUUUGAGUUUCUGGUUUCUGCCAGUUCUGUUUUAAGUGAUUUUAAUAAAUAGCCACUAUGGCUAACCAGAGAUUUCUGCGCGCUCCUGUCACUUUAAAGGGAGCGCGCUCUCAGCAUUUAAAGCUGUCAGAUCGCUUGCGUCACUACUACACGCUUGUCGCGGGCGUUAGUUGAGUUUACAUUCAGGGCACGGAGUAAAAACGCGCAAUACACACGCCAAACAGCCAAACACACACGCGUUACCGGGGAACAGAAUAAUGGCGUCUGUGAGUGUGGUGGGGCAGCACCCGGUUCCGCACAGGCUGGACUCGGAACCUCUGCUCUUCAAACUACCCGGCAGCAGGAAGAAAAUCACCCUGCCGAGGAAAUCGUCCUGGGAGAAGAUGAUGCUCAGGAGAAGCUCGGGGAGCGGCGGGGAAUGCGGCUCGUUCGUAACUGAAGGGGAACCGAGAACUCACCCCUUGUCUCCGGGAGCAGCGGGUGAAACGGCGGUGAAAGGAGGGUUGGUGUCCGGUGAAGGAUGCAGAGCUCCUGCCGCCCCUGCUGCGCCACGUAGCGCAGACCGGGACAGAGAGGAGGACAGCACGGACUGCGUCAGGCGCACCGCAGCCGGCGGGUCUCAAGAAAGUCCAACCGCGCACAUCAACAGUGACUGCAACAGCAGCACCGAGUGUGACUCAAACCGUAACACGGGUGGUCUGAGGGGGACUUCGCUCAAGAGGUCGGGCACCAAUGUCAUGCCAAGCAAAGCGGUUACGAAUGGACACAAAGGAGCCCACCGGCACCGAGACGCGCCAUACGGGAGACGGGACACCCGGAGCGGAGACAGCGGACAUCAGAGCAUCUCCUCCUCCGUGCCAGCACAAGGAGACAGCGGCAGUCUUCCUCUGGAGCGGCUUACACAGGGCAAGACUGGAGUCGUCAGGCUGGCCCGCACCGAGCCUCAGCGCAGGGAGGCCUGGUCCAUCUUUCCCCGGGGGGUGGACCCUCGGGUGAAGACAGAGAGGGGCGAAGGGCACCGGUUCGAGUCAAAGCCCUGUACGCAGGACUGGUGUGACGCCUGUAGCCGUCAGAUCACUGCACAGGCACUCAAGUGUCAAAGAGUUAGAAGAGAUGAUGCAGGAACGGGAAAGAAUGAUGGGAGUGGGCCGGGAUUUUAGGAGACGGAAAAGAAAAAAACAUGACCAUGGAAAAUCUUUCACUCGGCGGCCUCCACCAGGACUAUCUUAAUGUCUUCUUUUUAGAGCAGAAUUGUCAUUUUACAUGUUGCAAUCGAAGCUCCCACUUUCCCGUCUCCAUUCGCAGUUAUCGACCCAACAAGUUAACACAGCCACCACAUAUAGAUCUUGACGUGCUGUACAUCUAAGCUCCCUCAUCUCUUUCCGCUGCACUGAUGGAGUUUCCUACCGCUCUCUAUUUUUAUUUUUUUUUUUCUCUUCUCCAUCUCCAUCUAUCUGCAUCAUCGCCCAGCUCUGUCUGGAGGCAGUGUCAUUUUAAAAGCAGUCAGACUGGAAUGAUGGCAUGAGAGACAAAGAGGGAGUCUGAACAUGCAUCUCCUGCGGCGGAGGAGGCCAGUCUACCAUGGCGACACAUAGCACCACAGCCCCUUCCUUUUGUUGAGACAACACACACACACACACACACACACACACACACACACACACACAAAUAUAGAAAGUAAAAGGUAGUUUCCAGCCUAAUUUGGAGUGAUAAAGAUGGAAGUAGGAUGUGUCCGUGCAUGUGCAGAAUCCAAUGCCGGGACCUAUUUUCUAACAAAACCUGUUGUGGCAAUCCCGUAAGUGAACUUGAACACAACUUCUACCAAAAUCCCGCAGAGUGGAAUCGUUGUCGCUGUCUUUUAAAUGAAAGCAACUUCCUCAUUUGAUAGUCUGCGUAACCAUGUACUUUCCACAAAAUAGCAAAAAGGGAAACCCCUGCAAGUCCUAACAUGGAGUCCAGCGGGGAGUUUUGCCUCAGGCAUUCAAACGGCUGCCACAUUAAAAAAAAAAAAAAAAAAAAAAAAAAAAAA